AUGUCGUUCACCAACAACAUGCCCACCGCUAGCGCGAUUGAGGAGACGAUCGCAAAUGCGAUUCCUACUACGACCUCCACCGAAUACGCGACCAAGGCGGACUUUGAGCGCCUCGAGCGCGAGCUGGCAGAGCUGAAAGCAAGUCAUCUGGAGAUCAAGACUUUAUUGCAGCAGCUCCUUGCCGCCAGAACCGGACAGGAUAUUACUCGAAGCGACUAUGUCUACAACGCCCCAGCGCACGAUACACCAAAUGGCGACACUCAAGUUUCUGCUGCCGAUCGCACUUCGACUCCACAUGCACUAGAGUCUCAAAGUGUGAUCCCGCUGGCCAGCAAUCCAGAAGUGGCUAGGACUGUUGCAACCCCAAUUCUAUAUGUAACUGGGAGUCUUGGUUCGGUGCAGACUCAACAGGCCACGAACAGCUCUCAAACAGCACCUGAUGCUGCACCUUCUCAUACUCAGCCUGCCAUGCCCCGACCAGAUCAACAUCGCUGCUGCGACACUUCGGUUGAAGGAGGUGUGCCAGGUCGCACCUUCAUCGAGUUGUCUGACAGUGAUGAUAACAUUUACUUCGACACGCCCGCUACCCGCGCACGACAAGGCCCCCCUAGGGCUACCACCAAUAUUAGCAACCGUGCUGAUACGAACCGACCAGGUCGUACUUGUAUGCAGCCCACUAUUAACAUUUCAACGACCACGAACAACAGUCCUGGUGAGACUCUCAGCCCACUCAACGCCCAACGCAAACGAGGUGCAGACGCCCAAGACGCGGGUGCCCCGGACUGGGCAGUGAAGCAGGCGCAAGACAUUCGCAACCGAGAUCAACUGCGUGAGGAGGCAAAGAGGAGUCGCAGGAACUAG